AACCAAGGAUGAAAGGAGGAACACACUGUAUAGCGAGAUAAGUGCAGACCAUUGGAUGGGCGUUCAUAUAGAGACCAAUAGUGAAGCGUGCAUCAGCUGCGAGACAAAAUCUAUAUUUGCGAAUAUUAUUAAACAACAUACACAUAGAACUAUUGACGGAUCAUGAUUAUUGGCGCAGCUUAAUUAAAGUAUUCUAUAUCGGACCAUUGAAUGUUCUUUGUCACAGACCUCGGGACUAUUGAGGUGCUUCGAUGCAUGAUAUAGUAAUGUUUUCAUGAGUACACUGUUGUGGAUGGGAUUGUGCUGCAAAAAAUUCAAAGCGUAGGCUAUAUAUUUAUGGAUUCGGGUAUUCACACCGCGAGGCCCCAUGGAACCUGCGACAAAUGUGGUUAUGGUGCAGUAAACUUCGAGUAAAGGAUGGUUAUGAAUGCUAUUAUUAAAUAGUGUCGGUACAUUGAAACAAUAGAACAAUAAUGGAUGAUUUUUGUUACGUGAUAUAUUGCAUAGUGACUAAGCUCGCGCUGUAAUGCGAAGCUUACAUGGGUUUUGAUAUCGGCGCUGACAAUAUAUUUCUGUGUGUCAACGUAAACAUUUGGAUUAUCUUUGGCUGAACAUAACAGUGAGAGUUGUUAACCAAAGACUGGUUAGCUUUACAUGGCUUGUCGUUAUUUGGCGCGGGGGAAUUCAUUAAAUAUAAUGCCUUCUCUUCGUUUUGCUAAUCUGAACAUUACGUUUUAAUCUUAAAAAGAGGAAAAGUAGUGUGUGUGCGUUUGGGCUUUGCGCUCCUCAGGAAUCCUGUGAUUUGUGUGAUUGGCCAACAUCAACAUGCCCACCUCACGCUCGGGCGCCAGCCCCGUGGAAUACUGGGUGGAUGGAUCGCGCAGAGAUGUCUCCAUGGAAGAGUUCUACACCAUGGGUCCUGAACUGGGAAGGGGGGCUACGUCAGUGGUGUUUCGCACUGAGGAGAAGCAGACACAGAAGCCCUAUGCUGCAAAGGUCCUGAAGAAGACUAUUGACAAGAAAAUAGUGCGGACUGAAAUUGGAGUUCUGCUGCGACUUUCCCACCCAAAUAUUAUCCGCCUGAAGGAGAUCUUUGAGACCGAGACAGACAUCGCCCUCAUCUUGGAGCUGGUGACCGGAGGGGAACUCUUUGACAGGAUUGUGGAGAGAGGGUAUUACAGCGAGAGAGAUGCUGCCCACGUCAUCAAGCAGAUUCUGGAGGCAGUGGCGUAUUUACACGACAAUGGGGUGGUGCACCGUGACCUGAAACCAGAAAACCUUCUGUAUGCUGACCUCUCUUUGGACGCCCCGCUUAAGAUUGCUGACUUCGGCCUCUCAAAGAUAAUAGAUGAGCAAGUUACCAUGAAGACGGUGUGUGGCACGCCUGGAUACUGCGCUCCAGAGAUCCUCAGAGGCAAUGCCUAUGGUCCUGAAGUGGACAUGUGGUCUGUGGGAGUGAUCCUGUACAUCUUGUUGUGUGGGUUCGAACCAUUCUUCGAUCCGAGGGGAGACCAGUACAUGUACAGCCGCAUCCUCAACUGUGACUAUGAGUUUGUCUCCCCCUGGUGGGAUGAGGUCUCCCUCAACGCGAAGGACUUGGUCAGUAAGCUGAUAGUGCAGGACCCCCACAAGAGGCUGACGGUGAAGGAGGCUCUGGAGCACCCCUGGGUACUGGGCAAGGCUGCCCGUUUCUCCCACAUGGACACGACUCAGAGGAAGCUACAGGAGUUCAACGCCCGGCGCAAACUCAAGGCUAUCAUGAAGGCUGUGGUGGCCACCAGCCGUAUGCAUGAGGGCUCCCGGCGGCGCACGGACAGCUGCGAUAUACCCGGCUCUGACAAAACCACCUCCAGGCAGAGCAGCAUGCAGCAGGACCCUCCCCAGGACUCCCUGGAGGGCCAGGCCUGCCAGGGAACGGACACUUCCCAGACCCAGGAGGACGACCAGUGCCCCCCGCCCCUCCCGCCACGCUGCCCCAUACCCUCCACCACCAACCCUCCUCUACUGGCUGGGGGUCUCUUCCCCUCCCGUCCACCCACCAGGCCCCCGCUAAGGGGAGUUGAUGGGCAGAGACAGAUGUCGGUCAUCCCCAAGACCGCAGUGGUACGGCCUAGGGUUCCCCAGAAGAGCUGCUCCUCGGUGGACUCCACCACCACCAAGCGGGAGCCGUCCUCCCCGGUCUUGACCACUCCCCCGAGCCCCAAAAACCUUGGUAACAGAUUUUCCAUGGGGGUGGAGUCUGGCAGCAAAACGGCACAGUGUCAAUGAGUGAGUGGCAGGUACCAAACAGUACGAGCUCCUCACCUACUGUUGUCCUAAAAUGGCCAACGUCAUUGUGAGAGUCAGGUGAGAUGGUAGAUGACAACAUGGAGGAGGAAGGAUGAGAGGGAGAAUGGAUGUCUAAUCUCGUCAUAUCUGUAUCUGUUUAGACCGGGGACAAACGACUACUAAACUUCCCUUGAUAUUUAUUGUUCCUCUCUGUGCGUAACGAGUUUGGAUACUCAUAACGAAUUUGCAAAUUAACUUGUAACUUUGGUCUAAACUUGGUUUCCAAGUUCCUUUAACCUCUUAAUUUUCAUUGCUUUUCAAGACAAGGCCUCUCUGAACAGGACAAGGCCUCUCUGAACAGGACAAGGCCUCUCUGAACAGGACAAGGCCUCUCUGAACAGGACAAGGCCUCUCUGAACAGGACAAGGCCUCUCUGAACAGGACAAGGCCUCUCUGAACAGGACAAGGCCUCUCUGAACAGGACAAGGCCUCUCUGAACAGGACAAGGCCUCUCUGAACAGGACAAGGCCUCUCUGAAAAGGACAAGGCCUCUCUGAACAGGACAAGGCCUCUCUGAACAGGACAAGGCCUCUCUGAACUGGACAAGGCCUCUCUGAACUGGACAAGGCCCUCUGAACUGGACAAGGCCCCUCUGAACUGGACAAGGCCCCUCUGAACUGGACAAGGCCCCUCUGAACUGGACAAGGCCCCUCUGAACUGGACAAGGCCCCUCUGAACUAUUUUACUUCUAAGUCCACAUACUUUGUAUUCUCUGCACCUUUCUACAAUUCAAUGUUGGAAUCUACAGACUUCAUAUGCAAAUCUGUGAAUGCAUACACAUAAUCCUCUCAUUCAGGUAGUAAAGAUAUUGUAUUUGUGAGCUUAUGAAUGUAGUCAAGGUGUAUUGUAAUGUUUAUUUUGCAAUAAUGGUAUUGAUCUAAUAUUUGCACUGUAUACAUUGAUUAAUCUACAUAGAUUACAACAAAAAGCAUUCACACUGCUAAUCGUUUACUAUUUAAGUCAAACUGCACUUUUUAUCCUCUGGAAAUUUACAUGACUGACCAGAAUAGCUUGUUUGUGGCUCAAACCAAUUUUCCCUUCAUUCAUUGGUUGUAAAAAAAUGAUUGGGUAGUUACCCAUCUGCUGAAGGAACGCACAUCAUAUUCACCUCAUCUCUACGACCUCACUGGAGCUACCACUCUACCUCUGUUUGCAGGGGCUUCCAACCCAGUAAUGGCAAAACCUGUAAAGAAACUGUUGGACGAGGUGAGGUUAUGAGGCAAAGCACAGCAUUUCUGCAACAGAAUCAUAUUGUAAGUGGCCUGCGAGGCGAACCCUCGUUUUCAUUGGCUAAGGGCUUUUCUCAAUGGAACUCAAAUAACUGAUCAAAUGAGUGUCAUUAAAAUAGUCCAUUACCAUUUCAAGGGCCAAUAUUCACCUGCUAUCUUGUAUUCUCACUCUAACAUUGCCAAAUAGUAAGCCUGCAUUAUACUGCUGACAUGUCCACACAUGUAUAAACCAUUCAUUUACACCAAUGAAAUGUAUAAAGUAUGGCUAUUUUACUUAGAA